AUUGUUCUCAGGCCCACGGUUCCCUCUCCAACCGACCCCCCAACACGGCGUCACUCGAAUUCGGUGCCCAUGCGUCGUCCAACGUUCCGGCCGAGUUCAUUGUGCCGACGCCGGGCCGACGUCAACGCAAUGCUAGAGCUCAUCGAAACAAAAACCUUAAAAAAUCACAAAACUCCCAGGGUCGCAUAUCAUGGGUACCUUUUUGUCUUGCAGAAAAAAUGUAAUGAUUACUACCGGUGGAACUGCUCACGCGUUAUUUCCCACCGGUGCCCGUGCGUGCUGAAAACGUCGUUGGACAUGAACAACAUGCAGCUCGUGAGCAUCGACCACCAGCACAAUCACCCGGAGGACGCAAAGGCAAUAAAGGAUUUAAAACUCCAACUGGUGGUGACCGAAAAGCCCGGGAAUCAAAAAACCUGGUUUAAAACAACAUAUCCUAAAACAGAAAGAGAAAAUUUUAAACGAUUUAUUCCUGAUGAUGUAAAAAACUACAAAAUACCUAAAAAAUUUAUUAUGAGUAAGGAAGAUUUUCAUGUCCGACAAUAUUCUAGUCAAAAUAAAAUUGAAAAAAUUAACUACCACCAUAGUGCAAAUAAUAAUAACUAUAAUAAAACAUUAACAGACAAUUGCACUACUUUUCAAAAUUCAUCUAGUCCUUAUAAAACCUAUUCCAGUAUUCUCAGAAACAUAUUAUCAGUACCAAAAAGUAAUUUUGACAGAAUUCCUAAGUAUAUAUUGAUACAAAAAGAUAGCAAUUAUGCUGGAAUUUCAAAAAAUAUAUUGCAAAAUACAAAAAUCUCUCAUUUAAAUACAAAAAAUAAAGACUUGUUUUCUAAUGAACAAGAAAAAACGAAUAUUUCUAUUAGGGAAACUGUCAAUCAAAAAAUUAUUUUUAUGAAAAAUUAUAAAUUUGAUAUUAAUAGUAUUAGUAACAAUUGCAAGAGGAUGCAUGCGGAAGACACUGAAUGCUCUAUUAAUAGUAGCAAGAAAAUUUGUGUUGAUAAAAUUCAACGUAUUAAUCCUAAAGUGGAGGACACAGACAUUUCUAUUCGUGAUGGCAAUAAAGUUAAUAUUGAUAAAGAUGAAGAUAAUAUUACUAAUGAUGACAAGAAAAAGAUUGCUGGUAUAGUUGAAGAUAAUAAAAUUAAAACAGACGUCACUGACAUAUUUAUUAAUGAUGAUAAGAAAAUGCAUGGUGAUAUUGGUGAAGGUAAUAAAACUAAAGAGGAGGAUAGUGACAUAUCUGUUAAUGGCGAAAAUAAAGUUUCUGUUGAUGAUAAUGAAGAUAAUAAUACUGAUGAAAAUAAUGAUAUUUUUUCUACUUUGAUAAAUGAUUUUAAUUCAGAAAAUUUUGACAACUUUCUAAAAAGAUUAAAUAACCCUAAGAUAGGAAAAAAGAUUUUCAACACAUUAUUACAAAUGCAAUCUAUUAUUCACUUUUUUCGUUCAUCUAAUCUUUUACACCAUCAAUUAAAGGAAUUUAGAACUCGUCAAAUUUAUUGGAAAAUUAAGUUCCAAAAUUUGCUUCUAGACAUAAAACAAACAAAAAAAAAUUAUCUGGAAGUUUUGAAUAAAAAUAAAUAUUUACUAAACCAUGAACAACUUUAUUCAAGAAAUGUUGGUAUUCAAGUUGAUAUUAAAAAGGAAAUGGAGGUACAACUUAUAAGACCAAUUUCUACUCAAGACUAUAAUUCAAAACUUUUGUCAGAUACGAUACAAAUUGAUACAACUGAUUCGGAAGAUGAAUCAUUAAAUAAUCAAAAGUCAAACAUAACUAUAUCCAAGAAAUCUGAUAUAUCAAAUUCAGGAAUAAUGUGUUUAGAUACACCAUAUAGACAAGUUAUCAGUGAUAUAACUGAAAAAAUUGAAUCAAAUGUGUUAAAUUCAAUUUGUAUAUCUAAAUUAGAGUCUUUGCAGAAUGUUAAUUCAACUGUACAUAGCCAAAAUUUUCUUAAAUAUGAUAUAUAUUCAAAAAUACUUCCAUUUAUACGAACCAAGUAUAUUCCAAAGGCAUCAGUAUUAAAGAUUAUUCCUAAAAAAAAAUUUAUAAAGAUUUCAUUCACAAAUAAGACCAGUUAUUUGGAUACCCAACAUUUAUCAAAUACAAAAAUAUUAAACAAUAAAUUGUUUUAUAUAAAGUUAAUAAAGCCAGUUAAUACUGAAUCUAAAACAACAUUUAUUGAAAAGAAAAAGUUGAAGAAUUUUUCCGACAGGAUUGUCGUUCUGGAUAAAAGAAGCUUAGCUGAUCUGGUCCGAAGCACUUCAAUGUUACAAAAAAAAUUAUAUACCCAUAAUUCUAAUUACCUAAAUUCAUAUAACUGUGCAAUUAUAAGUUUACCAAUUAAACCUGUUAAUUAUACAGAGUUAUAUCGAGAAAUAUUUUGUUACAAUAAAAAUAAGACCCAUGGGCCUUUCUUAGAGAAUUUAAAUGAUACUGAAAAACAUUUACAUCUUCCAUCGGUAGUACUAGAAGUAUUUUUAUCAUUUGAGACUUAUCCUCCAAGAGCAGUUUUAAAAUGGGAAAUUGGAAGAAAUAUUCACAAUAUUCAGGGCAUUAUAAAUAUAAUUGAUUAUGAAGUAGCUAUGCUAGUGGUUCGUAAUAACAAUACAAUUUCUAAUGGAUGGCAACAAAUCGGUAUUAUUAAGGCUAAGAAAUUGCCUAUGAAAUGUACUGUUAAACUGGUAGAGGCUAUUAACACAAUUUAUUAUUUUGCGAUCAGAGCCAGGGAUAUAGAAAGAAGAUGUGGACCAUUUAGUAUAUCUUUACCUGUGAAAUAUUAAUAUUUGUUGUACUUUAUUAAAGAAAAGUUACAUAGAUUGUAUCACCUAUGCAUUUUUGUCUUUCUUUAUGCCCAGCUUAUAUUUGUUUCUUUUUGUAUUAUUAAAUAUAAAUGUACCU